GUCCAUGAGUCACAGAUAUCCUUGUGAUGUCGUGGUCAUCUCCUCAUUUCCCUCCUGCCCUGCCCCUGCUGAAGCUAAAGGAGCAAUACCAAGAGGGGAAUGAACACCUGAACCCCCGCCCUCCACCAUGGAAAAGCAAACCCAAGAUAAGAAAACUAAAGCUGCGAAGGCAGAUGAAACCAUACUUCAGAAAAGGAAUACAGAGAAAAUGGAGCUCCCACCCCAGCCAGAGAAGUCUGACGUUGAACUCAGUCUAUAUAAGGAAGAGAGGCAACCAAAGUCCAAGAGCAGUUUAAUUUCAUCUGUAACUGAAGAGGAAGAUGAGAUUGUUCAAAGGAAGGAGAAACGAAAAGUAAAAAAACAAAAAAAGCUUAAAAAGGCCAAAAUCAAAGCAGCCAUUAAGGUCCAGGCCUGGUGGCGUGGCACACUGGUGCGCAGGACCCUGCUCCACGCAGCCCUCAGAGCCUGGAUCAUCCAAUGCUGGUGGCGGUUGACACUCGGGAGGAACCUGGAGAAGAAGCGGAGGAAAGCGCUGAUUGACUACUCCAACAGAGAGAGAGCGGUGGUCAAGCUCCAGUCCCUGAUUCGGAUGUGGCGCAUCCACUGGCGGUACUGCCAGGUCCUCAAUGCCAUCUGCAUCAUCCAGGGCCACUGGAAAUACCACAAUUGCCAGUCUUGCUCCCUCCUGAAAGGUCACUGUGUGAUCACCACCACGCACCUGCAGUUCCACAUUGAGAUCAUUGACCACUGAGAGCUGAUUAGAAGGAACGCUAUGUCUUGGGUCCCCAGUAAAGGUCUAAAUGGUU